GGCUGUGGCUUCCUUCCUUCGUCACUUUGGUCAUUCUCUCCGUGCCGCCUCUCUCUCCUCCCCACGGCCCGGCGGAAUCCCAUAAAUAUCUUCUUCUUCCCGCGACGAUUUCUCGAUCUGCUGUGCAGAGUUCCGCCGAGCGCUCGCCUGGAUCCUGCGAAAUUUGCUGGGGUCUUUUCUUUGGCUUAGUAGUGUGUUCUUGUUUUCCCGGAUUGCUGUGGAGGGUCCAAAAUCUUUUCCGCGUUUCUCUUCUCCUCUGAAAUCAUCCAAUCUCGAGUGAUUUAUGCUCUUCUCCCACAAAUUUCUUCUUCCUUGAUCUCCUACCGCUCCACAGAGAGUUCACAAAAAAAUAUCUACGAGGAGAAGAUCUCGUAUUCGUAUAUAUAGUUCAGGACGAAAAAAGAAAAUCCUUUUGGGAGUUUCUGGCCCCCUUGUUGGUUCCUUCUUUUCUUCGGAAGGAAGGAUCAAAUGGGUGAUUUGUCUCUGGAGCGACCGAAUAAGGCAGAGCGGGUGGCUCAGGGUAAUCAGAUUUCAGACUUGGUGUCAGCAGGCUGGACAGAUGAGACGCACACACUUUACAUAAGCUCCAUGGAAACUUCUUUCAUGGACCAACUCUACAAUCAUGGAAGCAAAUCGAACCACAAAGAUCCAAGCGGCGAUGGGUUCAAGGUUCUCCGCGGUGGAGUGUGGGAGAAACACAAAUUUGAGCGGACCAAUGCUUGUGCUCCAGUCAGUAGCAAAUGCCGCCUGCCUGCGAGCCCGUGGAUUCGACAUUUCAGACCACGUGAAUACAGCGGUAACACAGGAGGUCAUGGCGAAGAAAUUUCAGUGGGUGAUCACGAAUCGGGUAUCCGAACUGUCCAUGGGAGGACUUCGCUGUCGCAUGGAAGGGAAUUGGGAGCUUGCAUGGCACCAAACCUUCUCGCUGAAAAUGCAGAGGCUUCUGAUCAGAACUUUGCUGACGAUGAGGGGGAAGUUGAUGCAGAAUCAAGUAAAGCAUGCAAGAAAAGGAGACUAAGCAUUACUUCCACAUACUGUGACUGAAUGAUCAAGUAAUGCACAUGAUUAACUAUAUUAGUCAGUUGCAAACGUUAUGAAAAGCAACAAACUCAGUUACUCAAAAGAGCUUGUUUGCUACCUCAAAAUCUAUUGGGAAAUUGGAGCAAGGAUGCUCUGAAGUAAAACAUGGAAGAAUAUUUCUCGGUAGAUGUGCAACCAGUGAGUACUGAGGAGUUAAGUGUUGGCGAUUUAACAGAUUAGAUUCUUCUGGUUAUGUGUCUGACUAUUUUCCAGUUUCCUUCAGAUUGGGUAGUCCACUCUUGUGUCACUAUCCUGUCAGGCAUAAAUGUAGUAGUAGGUAAUAUUGUUUAUUUUACUAGAUAUAAAAUGUAAUGCAUUUGUUGUUGUUGUGUGUCUGACAAAUGCUUCUUUCAAUAUGAAUGAAGUGUUCAUGCUUGUUCGCACGAA